AUGGGAGGAAGUGCUAGUGCUAGUGCUAGUGUAAGCAAUAACAAAGAGAAAAAGUGUCCACAAAAACAAGUAAAGAAUUUGAAAGAGAAAGUGAGAAUUCUACAAGAUGAAAUAAAGGAGAUGGUGUGUGAGAGAGAGAAAGAGAGUAGAAACUAUGAGAGAGAGAUAAUGGUGUUUACUUUCAAGGAGGGAGAUUGGAAGCAAGAGAUGAAGAAGAUGAGAGAGGAAGUGAAGAGGUUGAGGGAGUUGGUGAAAGAGAAGGAAGAGAAGAUAAGAGAGAUGGAAGAAGAGGGAAUGGUUGAGAAGAAUUGUGAGAAAGAGUGGGAAUUAAUGGGGACUAAGCUUUUGAUUCAAGAGAUGAAGGAAGAGAGAGGAAGAAGAGAUGAAGCUGUUGAAAAAUGGAAGCAACUUUAUCUUGCAAUUAAGAAUGAGUUGGAUGAUCUCAUUCAAAGAACUUAUGAUGGAGAUGGUGUGUAUUGGAAAACAGAAGAAAAUGACAUUCAAAUUGAGAAUCUGAAGAAUGAAUUGCAAGAGAAAGAAGAAAGCAUGAAAGCAUUAAAAGCAAAACUAGUUUGUGUGGAGAAAGAAAGUUACAAACAAGAGAGAGAAUUUGACUUAUUAAGGCAAAGUUUGAGGAUCAUGAAUGGCAAGAAAAAUUCAAUUCAAACUAAAGAGAAGCAGCGUUUCAAAAGCAAAUUGGGAAAAUAA